AUGGCAUUCUCGCAAGGACAGCAGCCUCUUCCUUCACUCAAGGACAAGCUAGCUGUCGCACUACCAGCAGGCUUCAAUCCAAAGAUCCGAUAUAUUCACUCACCAUCGAAACCAUGCGAUCCGCUGUUCUCAACGUUUCCUGGGCACGAACCGGCAAAGACACGACUGGCAAAUCAUUUCCUUACAAUGAGCGUCGAUGCGGCGUCCAUCACCCCUGACAAUACCUUUGGAUCCAAGCAUGUCAUCAGCUUUGCAGUAGAGGUUCUCGUCUAUGCGACCAAACACCUGACCACGAUAUUCGUGAGCAAGGUGGAUUCGACAUCCUUCAUUCCUCGCCAAAGGCCUUCUCCUAUAAAAACUACAGUGACUACCUUCCUUCGUUGGCUGAUCGACAAGGAAAGACAGAAGCAUCCUGGCAGGAAGAUUGUUAUCUCACUCUUCGCUCGAGCACAGUCAGCUUAUCUCUUCCCAGGAUCUGCAGAUGACAAGUCAAAACAUGUGCUGGAUGAUCGACAAUUGAUCAAGUGGUGGGCCAGGGUGUUGGAUCCUAUUAUCGACAGAGGAGGUCACACAUCUGCAGCCGAAGUUUCGCAUCAAGGGUAUAUUACGGUGCCAGGCUAUGCGGGCAAUGAGCUCAAGAGAUCGUUCAUGCCUCCAUCAUCGGAGUCUACCGAGAWCCAACCAAGAUGGCUUGCUGGACAUCCGCUUCUUGAACUGGCCCAAACACGAGGAGUUCCAGAACAUGCCCCAACACGGUGCUUUCUUCCGCGCUUUCCAGACGAUCCCAAGGCAAGGUUCAUCCAGGAUCUAGAUGAUGAGAUCGGGCUCUCAGAUGAUUCGAAAGUGCAGUCAAGUCCCUCGAAAAAGUCAAAGAACGGAAUGUGGAAUUCCGUGCGAGAUCUUGACAGGUUUUGGGAAGCCAUGGAGUUCAGACAGGAAUGUUCGUCAGGGAGAGUCGUUGGAUUUCUCUGGCUGGUGAUCUCUCCCAAGCAGAGCGACACAACUUUGCAGGACGAAGACAACAUUGAAAGCCAGGAUCUGCUACCAACAGACGCAUCACAAUCCAGCAUUCCACCUUCUCAAUCUGAUGAUUAUGGUAGCCCGAAAAAGCGCAAAAAAAGGCCCCUUACCGGCCCAAUCGUCACUCGAAUGCCAAGACUAAAAGGAGGCUCAUCGUCCCUCUCUGGACUCUCCGAACUUGCGAGCCCGGACAGCUCAGGUGAUGGGAUUGUUAUAUCCGAAGAAGGUUACGACAAAGCCAUGCAAACAAUGCUACAUCUCGACUUUUCGAGCCUGCAGGCAGCGAUCCGGAGUACGAAUCGAUGGAUUGCCGAAGUCACAAGUGUCUGCGGGUUGAACGGCGACUUCGGAGUCGGGCUUUCCGGGCUUGCGCCCGUAGAGAUCAGCCCUGCUGUGGCUACGGCGAACGGAAGCACGAAUGCAGGUGUGAACGAUCUCGGUGGCAUGGUGAGGAAGAAGCGCAAGGUAGAAGAGGGUAGUCAAGCUGCGGCAGAGUCGACCGUGAAUACGCUUGGUGGAGGUUUGAUACGAAAAAAGGCGAAACCUAAAGCUGAUGAGCAGAACAGCUUCUGA